UACUUCUUAUCUGUUAAGUGAGACAGAAAUUAUAGCAUUGCAAUACAGCACAAAUAUGCAGUAGUAAAGGAUAUUUAUAAGAGUUGAAUUUAGAAUCAUUGUUUGAAAUUUUUUAUGUUUUAGUGGAUAUCGUCUCAUAUAGUUAGAUAUGGAAGCACAAGUUUUCCUUUUCAUCCUAUUAUCUGUGAUAUCAUGUUCCCUCGCCAAGAAUUCCUACAUUGUUAUGUUCCCAAAGACCAUUCGUCCUAACCUGGAGACGAAUGUAAAGGUCCAGCUUCUGAAUGCAGCAGGUGCCCCGGCGACCACGGUAGUGGCCAGUCUGCUGGACAGUAAAAAUAGCACGGUCGUGUCCGAAAUCAGGACCACAGAUCCCGAAAAUCCAACAUUGCUUACAAUUCCUUUAAUGAUGCCCUCCACUUUAAGCGCUGGAGAAGAGUAUGCUAUUAGUAUUCAGGGAGAGGGAGGAGUUAACUUCAGUAACUAUACAAAAGUAGAAUUCAAUCCUAAAUACUCAUCUGUGAUGAUCCAAACGGACAAGGCAAUCUACAAACCUGGUCAAACAAUUCAUUUCCGUGUCUUUGGAAUAUACCCAGAUUUAUCUGUUGUAAAUCAGAACAUUGAUGUUGAAAUAUACGACCCUCUUGGAAAUAAAAUCGCUCAGUGGAAGAAUAAGGUUCCUGAUAAUGGAGUGUUUACAGACAGUUUAGUCAUGUCGGACCAUCCUGUACUCGGGGAGUGGAAGAUAAAGGCUGUGCAAGGGAAUGAAGCCCACACGAAGACAGUUACAGUCGAUGAGUAUGUAUUGCCAAAGUUUGAUGUAACCUUGGAUCUUCCCCCAUACGGACUGAGCAACAGAAACCUGACUGGCAUCAAAGUCAUUUCCAAGUAUACAUUUGGUAAGCCAGUGAAGGGACAGGUUGACAUUAGGAUCCGCCCGCCCUUCCUCAGCACUAGUCCUUGGUCCAUCGAGAACAGGAAAAAACAGGGUCUCCUGAACGAGAUUUCUCAUACUGCACCGAUAAAUGGCGAAUAUAAGUUUGACGUGGAGAACUCCAAGCUUAAGAGUCUUGAUAAAUGGCUGGACUACAGUGAACUGUUGUUUGAAGUGAACGUCACAGAGGCAAUAACUGGGCUUAGACAGAACGCUUCCGGUACUGUCAGAUUCUACCCGUUUGAAAACAAAGUGGAAUUCCUGGAGUCUUUACCAAAGACGUUUAAACCUGGUCUUAAAUAUACAGUCCUAGGAAGAGUAACCCGUCAGGAUGACUCCCCAAUUUCCCUUCCGACGGCCUCCAGGGUCAAACUGACCGUGACCCACACCCUGCCCCUCCCCUCAACCACCACCACCACCACCACGACGGAAAUACCGCCACCACGAGAACCCGGAAUGCGGCCUGAGCGUCUUCCAGUCGACGAACCAAUGAUAUCACCAAUCAGAGGACGGCAUUUCUGGCAGCCCGUCUCCAAAGACGAAAAGCUGGAACCCGUCUUCCUGGAUGUGGAUGCCGAUGGCGUUUUUAAAUAUGAAAUGACAAUCCCAGAGAAUGUCAAACGGGCAUCAGUGGAGGCAGUAUAUGAAAAGAGUUCAUCAUACCUUAGUCUUAAUCCAAGUAAAUCACCCAGUAACAGCUUUAUGCAGGUGACACUACUAAAUCCUGAUGUCAAACCAAAGACUGGAUCUGUUUCAACGUUUGAAAUCAAAACAUCUGAGCGUACUCCAAAAGUUUACUACCAGGUCGUUUCAAAAGGACAGGUUGUAGAUUCAGGAGAAAUUGACAUGCCCACCUCAGGGGUUAAGAAGUUUAACUUACCAAUUACAACAGAAAUGGCGCCAAAAGCUCGUCUUAUUGUCCAUUACGUCAGAAAGGACGGAGAAAUCGUCACUGAUGCACUCACUUUCAAUAUCGAUGGAAUCUUCAAAAACAAGGUGGACAUUGAUUUUGAUGUAAAGGAGACACGCCCCGGAAAUGAAGUGGUGGUGUCCGUCAAAGCGGAUCCGGAUUCCACGGUUCAUUUGUUGGCGGUGGAUAAGAGUGUUCUUAUUUUACGUAGUGACAAUGACAUCAAAGAAAGCAGGGUUAAUGACGAGUUAAACAGCUACGAUAACGCCUUCUCCGGUGGAAACUUGGGACCUUUUGCUCGAAGCUGGCAUUGGUGGCCGAGACCCUCGGGUGGGGAGGAUGCUGAAGAUGUGUUCCGAAACAAUGGAAUGGUUGUCCUUACUGACGCCUUAGUCUAUAACUACGAAGAGCCAUGGCUGCAACCCAUGCCAAUGUUACGUAGAAUGGGUGGACCGGUAAUGGCCAUGGCUGCACAGCCAGUCGCAUUUGCAGCCAUGGAGAACAGAGUAAUGGCUGCCCCAGCUGCCGGAAGUGGACCGCCUUCUUCUUCAUCACCCCCACGCGUGAGAAAAGUUUUCCCAGAAACGUGGCUUUGGAGCAAUUCAAGCACCGGCCCUGAUGGUAUGACUUCACUUAGUGUUCCUGUACCUGAUACUAUCACUACCUGGGUCGCUACAGCAUUUGCUGUCAACCCUAACUCUGGUUUAGGACUAACCCCUAGUCCAGCUAAUCUAAAAGUAUUCCAGCCCUUCUUUGUGAGUUUGACCAUGCCCUACGCUGUAACACGAGGGGAACUUGUGGUCCUCCAGGCCAAUGUGUUUAACUACCUGGAACGUGAUGUUAGGGUUCUCGUAAUCAUUGAUAAAAAUGAAAGCUUCAAGAACCUGGUGACCUAUAUACAGGAUAAUCAGGUCAAGAAAGGCAGAUUCUCAGCCAGGGUGGGCCGUACUUUUAACAUGUCAGCUGGUGAGAUCUACCCCGUGUAUUUCCCCAUAAUCCCCACAGAGACUGGGGAUCUAAAGAUUAAUAUCACCGUCAUCUCUACAGGUCCUAGUGAUGCUGUCAUCAGAUACCUUAAAGUGGAGCCCGAGGGAGUUGAGAAGGAGUUUAACAAUCCUGUGUUGAUUAACACUGGUACCACAGGAACAUUCACAGAAGAUGUCGCGAUAGAUUUCCCAGCAAACACUGUGGCUGGCUCAAGGCGUGUCAGAGCAUCAGUAAUUGGUGAUGUGAUGGGUCCAUCAAUUAGUGGACUAGAUUCGCUUCUGAAGAUGCCAUAUGGAUGUGGGGAACAAAACAUGCUGAACUUUGCUCCUAAUAUAUUUGUACAGAAAUACCUCACAAUAACAAAUAAUCUCACACCAGACCUAGAAAAGAAAGCUAAAGAAUACAUGAUCAAGGGUUACCAGAGGGAAAUGACAUACUCUCAUGACGAUGGGUCAUACAGUGCUUUUGGUAAAAGUGACAAGUCAGGCACCACUUGGUUGACUGCUUUUGUUGUGAAGUCGUUCUCUCAGGCAUCUGGGUUCAUCACCAUUGAUGAGAAUGUCGUAAAGAAAGCCGUGACUUGGCUCAUCUCUCAACAAAAUGAAAAUGGAACAUUCAGAGAACCAGGCAGGGUAUUGCACAAGGAAAUGCAGGGUGGUUCAGCAGGAGGGGAAAGAGCCCUCACGGCUUUUACUCUGAUCGCUCUCAAGGAAGCAGAGGUCAUUCCAGGAGUAUCUGAGCUUACAGGAAGAGCAAUACAGAAGGCCAGGACUUACCUGGAAGGUGAUAUAGAUCUCCUGGAAGAUAUUUACGAAUUAGCUCUCGUUGGAUACGCUCUUCAGAUCACCAACAGCCCAAGAGUGAGCGAAGUGAUUAAUAAACUCAAUGCUAAAGCCACUGUCAAAGAUGGACUUAAAUAUUGGUCCAAACCAGAGACAGGCAUUCAGUGGAAGGGAUGGGCUCCUCCUAAAGACCAGGCCAAGGCUGUGGACAUAGAAACCACAGCCUACGCUCUGCUGAGUCUAGCUAUCAAUAAAGACUUAGAGGGAGGUUUACCUGUUCUCAAGUGGAUCACCUCCCAGCGCAACCCUGAAGGAGGAUUUGCAUCAACACAGGACACUAUCAUCGCUCUCCAAGGACUGGCAGAAUUUGCUACCAUGGUUUAUAGUCCAAACUUUAACAUGCGUGUGACAUUGACCAGCAAAACUCCAGGGGCACCAUUCAAUCAGAAAUUCACAAUUACCCAGGAUAAUGCUCUUGUUCUACAAACAGCUGACAUUCCUGUAGGCGUUAAAAGGCUUGAAGUCAAAGGAGAGGGCUCUGGUAUAGCACUAGCAGAGAUAUCUACAUAUUUCAAUACUGAUGAAGAGAUAGAAGUGUCUUCCUUUGAUGUCAAUGUUACACUUACUGACGAAACGACUAAAGGCUUCACGGUGAAAGUUUGUGGAAGAUGGCUGAAAGAAGGCAAUUCUGGAAUGUCUAUGAUGGAUAUCGGAAUACCCUCGGGAAUGACCCCUGAUUUGGAUACACUCGAUACAUCUAAAGCUCCCAUGUAUAAACGUAAUGAGAUGGGAUAUAGAAAAUUAUCCUUAUAUUUUGAUGAGUUUGACAGACGGGCCCAGUGCGCUUCUGUUUACAUGGCCAACACAGACAAAGUAGCUGAGAAGCAGCCCUCUGUCAUUAAACUCUAUGAUUAUUAUGAACCCAAAAACCAGGCCACCACAUUCUACACAUCCAGAGUGUUGGCGGAUUCAGGGGUCUGUGAUGUGUGUGGCACUGAGUGCUUCUGUACUGCCAAGCCUUGAAAAUAAGGAAUUCGACUACAUUCCAGUUUUAAUAUUGGUGCUAUCAUGGAAAUACUAUAGGACACAUCUACAUGAUAUUAAUUUCUCUUACGCUAAAUCAGUGAUAGAGUUUUACAUUUAACUGUGACUGAGAAACAAGUACAUUCUCUUCUCUACAAACUAUUUGAUAGUUCUGGUGUAUUGCUCUGUGUUGUCUGUUACAUAUGACCUUAUGUAUGAUGUUUAUAGAUUCAACUAUAAUAAAAAUAUUUUUGUA